AAGUAAGUAAAGAGAGAGAGAGAGAUGAGUCCCAUCCUCGAAAUCCAUCUUCUUCGAUUCUUCGAUGGAAUCCUCCCUCUCUCUCUCUUCUCAAUCCUCGUCCGCGACCCCUCUUCGAUCCCUCUCUCGGUCAUCCUCAACCCUUUUAACCCCCAGAUCCGUCUCAUUCCCAAAGAGGAGAGCUUUGGCGUCGAGGGCUGUGAUUAGAUCCGAGGUUAAGAUGGAGGAUCCGUCAGUGAGCCCUAGGGUUAGCUCUCUCAAACCCUCGAAGACCAUGGCGAUCACCGAUCAGGCUACCGCGCUUGUUCAGGCUGGGGUUCCUGUUAUCGGAUUGGCCGCUGGGGAGCCCGACUUCAAUACCCCCGGUUCCAUUUCUGAGGCUGGGAUAAAUGCUAUUCGUGAAGGUCACACAAGGUACACUCCCAAUGCUGGAACUUUGGAGCUCCGUAAAGCAAUUUGUCAUAAACUCCAAGAGGAGAAUGGUUUGACUUAUGCACCGGAUCAAAUUCUUGUCAGCAAUGGAGCGAAACAGUGUAUCAUGCAAGCUGUUCUUGCAGUUUGUUCACCUGGAGAUGAGGUGAUAAUCCCAGCACCAUAUUGGGUCAGUUACCCUGAAAUGGCUAGGUUGGCUGAUGCAACACCAGUAAUACUGCCAACAGAUAUAUCAGACAAUUUUCUAUUAAAACCGGAGUCCUUUGCAUCAAGACUUAAUGAUAAAUCAAGGCUGCUGAUUCUUUGUUCUCCAUCAAACCCAACUGGAUCUGUUUAUCCCAAGAAGUUGCUCGAGGAGAUUGCUGAUAUAGUUCGGAAACACCCAAGGCUUCUGGUUUUAUCAGACGAGAUUUACGAGCAUAUUAUAUAUCCUCCAGCAGAACACACAAGCUUUGCUUCAUUACCGGGCAUGUGGGAAAGAACCUUGACUGUGAAUGGAUUUUCUAAGGCAUUUGCGAUGACUGGUUGGCGACUUGGAUAUCUUGCAGGCCCUAAACACUUUGUAACAGCUUGUGGAAAGAUCCAGAGCCAGUCCACCUCCGGUGCCAGUAGCAUUUCCCAAAAAGCAGGACUUGCAGCGCUAAACCUAGGUUAUGCCGGCGGUGAAGCAGUUUCCACCAUGGUAAAAGCAUUCAAGGAAAGGCGAGAUUUCCUCGUGAAAAGUUUCAGAGAGUUGGAGGGCGUAAAAAUAUCAGAACCCAAGGGUGCCUUUUAUCUUUUCAUGGAUUUCAGUUCCUACUAUGGAGCGGAGGUAGAAGGAUUUGGGACUAUAAAGGACUCAGAGUCCCUUUGCCGAUUCCUAUUGGAUAAGGGACAGGUAGCUCUCGUCCCUGGGGAUGCCUUUGGAGAUGAUAAAUGUAUCAGAAUGUCAUAUGCAGCAUCUCUACCUACACUACAAGAGGCGGCAAAGAAAAUAAGAGAAGCCGUGGCUCUUCUCAAGCCUCGCAUCCCCAUUUAACGUUGACAAUUGGAUUUACCUCAGCUUGCAGUAGAUUCUGUCAUUGAUUUCCGUUUCAACACAAUAAGGUAAAUUUGAGAAAGGGGAAGGGGGGGAAAAGGGUCCCUGAAAGGUCUUCUGUAUUUGUAAACUCCACUGUAUUUAUGAUGCUCUGUUAAUGUUGCAGGCAUUCAGUUAUGGGACACUUUCUUAAUAAAGAAAUGGAAUGUUUUGUCAGAUUACUCUUA